AGGCCAGGGUCGGAGGGGCAGCGUGCCCCAAAACAGCGGCGCCCCCCAGGCGGGGGUGGGGAGCCCGAGGCCCGAGGCGGACCUCAGCAGCCUGCACGCUGUCGGGGACCUGGCUGCUCCACAGCUGAAGGCCCCAGCCCCCCCACCUGCACCUCCACUCCCUGGUCCCACCACGGGGCCCCCUCCCCCGCCCCCCCCCACCUCCUCCUCCCCCCCCUCCCCCACUGCCAGGCCUGGGAGCCCCAGCGCCCCCACCUGCACCCCCGCUCCCUGGCUCCACCGCCGGGCCCCCUCCUCCUCCCCCCCCCUCCCCCACUGCCAGGCCUGGGGGCCCCACCCCCCCCGCCCCCUCCACCACCCCCCCUGCCUGUCUCUGGCGGGGCCUUACCUCCUCCACCUCCACCGCUCCCGGGCACCGGGUGCCCGCCGCCACCCCCGCCGCCUGGCCUGGACGGGGGCCCCCCUCCGCCCCCACCCCCGCCGGGUGCCUCUGGCCCCUCUGCGGCGGGUGGCGUGGAGGAGGGCAUCGUGGCCCACGUGGGCCCCAGCCUUGGCUCCUCCGCCUGGGUCCCAGGCCACCGGUGCGUGCACGCCCCCACUGUGCGCAUGAAGAAACUCAACUGGCAGAAGCUGCCGUCCAACGUGGCCCAAGAGCACAGUUCCAUGUGGGCCUCGCUGAGCAGCCUGGGGGCCGAGGUCGUGGAGCCGGACUUCUCCAGCAUCGAGCGGCUCUUCUGCUUCCCCGAGGCCAAGCCCAAGGAGCAAGUGGCAGCCCCGGCCAGGAAGGAGCCCAAGGAGAUCACUUUCCUGGACUCCAAGAAGAGCCUGAACCUCAACAUCUUCCUGAAGCAGUUUCGAUGCUCCAACGAGGACGUCACUGCCAUGAUCCGGGCUGGGGACACCACGAAAUUUGACGUGGAGGUCCUCAAGCAACUCCUCAAGCUCCUCCCUGAGAAGCACGAGGUUGAAAACCUGCGCUCAUUCUCGGAGGAUCGGACCAAGCUGGCCAACGCCGACCAGUUCUACCUCCUCCUGCUGGGCAUUCCCUGCUACCAGCUGCGGGUGGAGUGCAUGUUGCUGUGUGAGGGCACGGCCGUCGUGCUGGACGUGGUGCAGCCCAAGGCCCAGCUGGUGCUGGCCGCCUGCGACAGCCUGCUCACCAGCCACCAGCUGCCCGUCUUCUGCCAGCUGAUCCUGAAGAUAGGAAACUUCCUCAACUAUGGCAGCCACACGGGGGACGCCGACGGCUUCAAGAUCAGCACGCUGCUGAAGCUCACGGAGACCAAGUCCCAGCAGAGCCGCGUGACGCUGCUGCACCACGUGCUGGAGGAGGUGGAGAAAAACCACCCAGACCUCCUGCAGCUUCCGAGGGACCUGGAGCGGCCCUCCCAGGCAGCGGGGAUCAACCUUGAGCUCAUCCGCUCGGAGUCCAGCACCAACCUGAAGAAGCUUCUGGAAAUGGAGAGGAAGGUGUCCUCCUGCAUCCCUGAGGUGCAGGAGCAGUACGCCCAGCGCCUCCAGGCCAGCAUCGAGGCCUCCCGGGCGCUGGACGAGGUGUUCCAGGCCAUCGAGCAGAAGAAGCUGCAGCUGGCCAGCUACCUGUGUGAGGAUGCUCAGCAGCUCUCCCUGGAAGACACGUUCGGCACCAUGAAGACCUUCCGGAACCUCUUCCUCCGCGCCCUGAAGGACAACCAGGACCGGAAGGAGCAGGCGGCGAAGGCGGAGAGGAGGAAGCAGCAGCUGGCCGAGGAGGAGGCGUGCGGGCCGCGGGGCGAGGACGGGAAGCCCGUCAGGAGGGGAGUCGGGAAGCAGGAGGACGUGUGUGUCAUCGAUGCCCUGCUGGCUGACAUCAGGAAGGGUUUCCAGCUGCGCAAGACGGCCCGUGGCCGAGGGGACGCGGAGGGAGGCAGCAAGGCGGCUGCCGGAGACCCCCUGAGGGACAAGGCGCCUGUGGCCACCAGAGACCCUGCAGGAGACACCAGCCACCCCACCUCUGGGCCCCACGGCAGGGACCGCGCGGAUGCCACGGCCCCCGGCCCGCAGCCCACUGCUGAGCCAUCGGAGGAGGAGGGGCCCGGGCCCCUGGAGAGGCGUUCUUCCUGGUACACCGACGCCAGCGAUUUCCUGGCCGCAGAGGCCCCCCAGGCCCCCCAGCCCUCUGCGGGGGCCUGGCCGGUGGUGCUGGGAGGGGCUCAGGCCCUAAAGCCUCUCAGGCUCUCUGGUGACAAGCCCCCUGGGGCCACGGGGUCGAGCCAAGAUGCUGAAGACCCCGCAGGCCCUCGGGACGCCUGCCUGGCCGAGGCCGACAGCACCGUCCACAGGCCGGAGGCUACAGGCACGCGUGGCCACGGUGCCACAGGCCCCGGCGUGGCUGGGGACGGGGACGGGGACCAGGAGGACACAGCCCCGGAUUCUGCACUGGACACGUCCUUGGACAGAUCCUUCUCGGAGGACGCGGCGAUGGAUUCCUCAGGGUCUGGCACCCUCCCCGGGACCCGGGAGCGAGCCUCGAAGGGGACGGGCAGGCGAAGGAAGAAGCGCCCCUCAAGGAACCAGGAAGGCCUCGGCCGUAAGCCCAAAGCCAAGUGAGCGUGCCCGCUGCCGGCCUCCACACAGCCGUGGGCCGCCGGACGUGCGGUUGAGCGGGGCUCCUCCGGGGCCAGGCUGGGACUGGGCCCCUGGGAAACCAAAACUCUGUGCCUUACCCUCCGGGGCCGUGGGCCUCCCGGAGCUUCCUGGGGCUGUUCUGGCCGAGACCCCAGCAGGCACCAGAGCCCAGCCCCCUGCACGCCCCGGCUCCCUCGUGGUCUGCUUGCCGAAUGCCGAUGCCCACGCCGGCGCCCGCAUGCUCCCCAGCACCCGCCCGCAGGGGUGAGGGGCAGUGGCUGUGUCCCCAGGGCACCUUGAAGCUUGCGCCCUGCCCUCCGGCCACCUGGUGCCCAGAUGCUUCUGGAGACAGGCCCUGGCGGACCUCUCCCUGCAGAGCCGUGGGAGCCCCCGCCCCCGCCCGCUGCCUCCUUACCGAGCCUCAGUCCCCCGCUCCCCGCUCCGCCCCCCAACCUGCUUCGCCAGGCCGGAGCAGAGAGUGGUUUUUCACCGAAAUAGGGUUGUUCAUGCAUUCCUGCUGUCCUGCGGUAGCUGAGUUGGGUACAGGUGGGUGGGAGGACCCUGGGGCCUUGGGUAGGGGCAGGCUGGCCAGCAUUGCCACAGAUACGCCACGGUGCCCCUACUCGGCAGACAGGAUCCACACCGGGCACGCCCAGCCCUGGGGGCGGGAGGGCAUCUGUUCUCGCCGCCCCCGCCAAGCCCUCGCCACCCUGUCGACAGAGUGACCCAGCCUGCAGCCGCGGCUGCCUCCGGCGGGGUCGGGCACGCCCUCCGGCGGGGUCAGGCACGCCCCCCCGCCGGCCGAGAGGAGACCAGGGCCCACCCCGGGAGGGCCAGCCUGCCCGCGCCCCCACGCCCGCCCCAGGUGUGCCCUGCCACCCAGGCUGGCAUCUGGAGAGCCUCAGACCAAUAAACAAUAAAGAGCAGAGCCAGCCCAUCGA